GCGUCACCGACCCCUGACCCUAUAAACGGGCGGGACCCUGGGCAGGCGCCGCGGAGGAGCCCGGAGCAGCGGCGAGCCGCCCAGCCGCCCAGCCCUCGGCCCAGGGUCACCCAGUUUGAAGUUCAGUCUUCCUGACGAGAUAUCCAGAAGCAUAGGACUUCAAGAACUGAAUCUGGGAAGUUGAGAAAUAUUGUUACAGAUGGAUUUAGACCUCACAACCUCAUUUCUAUGCAAGCCAUCCAAGGAUGAACCCAUCUUAGAGAAUGUAGACUUUAAACCCAGCCAUGGACCUGUUCUCCAAAAGGCAGAGAUUUCUGUGUUCCAGAACCCUCAGCAUAGCUUAUUUCAAAAUGGCAGUAAAUCAUGUGCAAGGCAGGAGCUGCAGAGACUCUAUAACUCAUUUCACUUGUGGCUGCAGCCAGAAAAACACAGCAAGGAUGAAAUUAUUUUUCAAGUGGUUCUGGAACAGUUUAUGGUCAAUAGGCACUACAGUGACAGGUCUACUUUGAAAGAGAAAUGGGAAUCAAGUGGCAGAAAACUGGAGAGAUUCAUAGAGGACCUGAGUGAUGACUGGGUGAAGCCACCUCGCUUAGUGCACGUACACAUGCAGGGACAGGAAGCCCUCUUUUCUGAGAAUAUGCCCUUAAGAGAAGUCAUUCUUCAUCUAUCCAAACAGUUGUCCACAGGAAACCCAAGAGAAGACGACAUGGGGACACCCUCCUGGCCUCCCCAGGAGGCUUCCCUGGAAACAGGACCAGGAGACGAAGAUAAGGAAAAUGGUGGCAACAUUUCUUUGAAAAUUUGUCAAGUAAAUGGCAGUAUUGCGAGUCAGGGCAACGAAACGCCUUCCCUACUCAUGAUCCAGGGAGAGCACGGUCCUAGGCCUGAAGAGCAGGCUGUUUCUUUGAAGAAUCCACUGAGCUCUACACAGGCAGGUCCAGGCACCUCCAGGGCCCAGGAAUGGUCCCUGAUAGGGCCUUCUUCUCAAGAUGUCCUGAUGGAGGCAGGACCAGGCUUUCUUCCCAGGCCAGACCAGGCCUCCCCUGAACCUGUUCCUAACAAUCAGGGCAUCGAGGGAAACUUCACACGUGGGGGACACCAAGAAAAAUUCCAUGGGGCCUCCAAAUCAUACAGAUGUGAAGAGUGUCCCAGGAUGUUUAGGUGUUUAUCUCAGUUAAAAGCCCAUCAGAGAAGACACAGUAAUGAGAGGACAUCUACUUGUGCCAAGUGUGGCAAAGGCUUCUUCCAGACGUCAGACCUACGCCAGCAUCAGAGGAUUCAUGCCGGAGAGAAGCCUUUCGUGUGCAGCACAUGUGAAAGGUCCUUCAACCACAAAACCAACCUCCAGGCUCACGAGAGAAUCCACACGGGAGAGAAGCCCUACACGUGUCCCCUUUGCCGGAAAAGCUACCGCCAGUCAUCCACCUACCACCGCCACCUGCGGGCUCACCAGAAAACCGCCUUCAGAGGUGUUUCUUCCACACCAGAAGCGUCCUCGGCUACAGGACCCAUGUGAUGUUUAUAAGUAUGUAUGCGAGUGUGUGUAUUUCCACUGGUCGGUUUAAGGAGGCAGGAAAUUUCUCAGUUUUGUUCCCUAAAGUAUCUCAGGUGCAUAGAAAGUGGCUGAAAAUUUUGUGACAAAUAAAUAUCUGUUGAAUAAUUGAA